AUGCUGCCGGUGGUGAUACGCCAGUUGUCACGGGGAUUGCAGCGAUCCACCACUGCGGCGUUGUCUACAUCCGUACCUGCAAGGCAGGCUGAAGAGAAGAAAAAGAAAGACCCGACUAUUCUAAAGCUUGAUGAGGAAAAACGGACACGGUUGGCGAAUUUCGGUCGAUAUGUUGCUGAGUGUCUCCCAAAAUUCGUACAGCAAGUGCAGUUCGCUGCUGGAGACGAGCUGGAGAUUCUUAUCCAUCCCUCCGGUGUUGUGCCAGUAUUGACAUUUCUGAAAGGGAACCAUUCGGCACAGUUCACAAACCUCACAUUUGUAUGUGGCGUUGAUGUUCCAACCAGGAAAUUUCGAUUUGAGGUAGUAUACUCCUUGUUCUCUGUUCGUUUUAUGGCUCGUUGUCGUGUACGUACUUACACUGAUGAGGUAGCACCUAUUGAAUCGAUCACCGGCGUGUUCAGGGGAGCUAACUGGUACGAACGCGAAGUAUACGACAUGUAUGGCGUGUGGUUCAACAAUCAUCCAGAUCUCCGUCGUAUUCUCACUGAUUAUGGCUUCGAAGGCCAUCCAUUCCGCAAGGACUUCCCUCUAACUGGUUAUAAUGAGGUACGAUUUGAUCCCGAGCUAAAGCGUAUCGUCUAUGAACCUACUGAGCUGGCUCAAGAAUUCCGCAAAUUCGACUUGGAAACACCAUGGGAAUCACUACCCGCUUUCCGCGAAUCAUCAAUAACUAGUGGAUAUGAGAAGAUCAACCUAAACGAAGAACCACAACCUGCAAAAUAG